GUAAAAUUCACUCCCUUUUCAAAGUUCGCGCGGAAAAGGAAAUAAGGACUCUGCUAUCUGCUAACAUGAAUACGUGCUUUUCUAUUUGUUUGAAGUAAUUGAAAACAACACUUUUAUUCUGGUUAGUUCGUCAGCGCGCUAUUUCUACUGUCAUGAAUCCCCAGCAGGUGUCUUUACUGAAGGAGUUUGUGGAGUUGUUAAAACGAAAACCUGAAAUUUUGGAUACCCCAGAAUUAUCAUUCUUUAAAGAAUGGCUUUUGAGUCUCGGGGCCAAAAUUCCAUCGUCUCAACCUAAACAGACUACUGAAACCCCAGUUUCAGAUGUCGACUCUGGAGCAGAUGAGACGUCAGAAUCCGAAAUAGAGUUUGACGAUGAGGUCUUACCACGAGAAGUUGUUGAGGACCUUGACAUGGGUGAUGAAGGAAUAGAGGUUACUGAGGAGAUGCUCGAAAAAGCAGAAGAGAAAAAGAGUGAGGCUAUGGGCAAAAUGUCCGAUGGAGAUUACAGUGGAGCUGUUGACUUGUUUACGGAAGCAAUUAAGCUGAAUCCACAGUCAGCACUUUUCCACGCUCGACGUGCAAGCUGCUUUAUAAAAAUGAAAAAACCUUCUCAUGCCAUCAGUGACUGUGAUAAGGCCAUUUCUCUUAAUCCUGACUCUGCACAACCAUACAAGUGGAGAGGAUUCGCUAAUAAGAUGGUUGGCAAUUGGGAGGCUGCCUACUCUGAUCUGCAAACAUCUUUGAGGUUGGAUUAUUCGGACGAUGCUUAUGAGGCGAUGAAAGAAUUAGAACCUAAACACAAACGAAUUUUCGAACACAACAUGAAGUAUGAGCGUAAACGACAAGAGAAAUUGGACAGGGAAAAACGUGAGCGGAUCCGAAAGGCUCGAGAGGAGAGAGAACGUGCCCAAAAGGAAGCAGAGAAAGCUGACUUCGAGAUGCCGGAUGUAGGGGGUGUCCCAGGCAUGGACAACGUAUUCUCACAACUGUUCAACGAUCCUGAAUUGGUGACGGCACUUCAGCAUUAAUCUCUGUAAAUUAUUUUCUUAACAUCAAAAUUCAAUUAUUUCUAUUAGUGGUUCAAAUUUUCAAACCAAAUCUCUUAUUUGAUUCAAACUAAAAACGUUGCGUUUCAUCAAGCUACCUAGAGCAUAGCUUUUCCCGAAAUAUAUAUUAAAUGACAGUUUGUAAAGGUAACCAUUCUUUAACUAAUAUGAUGCUAUUGUUAUGCAUAUCACCUUUAGGCAACACUUCUUGUAAGGUAAUUAUAAGUAGUUUACUAAGAAUGCCUUACGUUCCCAGUCAAACAGACCUUUAGCGACUACCAUCCAACGAGCUCCACAACUGCCAACAAGUUUUCGUUUUCUCUUCACACGAUCUACUUGGCACCCUCGAACGCCUAACUUUCACUUACCACUUGGGGUCUACUCACCAAUCUCCUCGGCCGAUAUCCAGACCAUCUGUAUUUUCUUCAGCUUAUUUGCUGGGCAAUAACCUGUGAACUGGUUGUCUGUCUGCCAGAUUCCCUUGUUGCUUAUCCUUUCUGGCCAGGCAAAUGAUCACUAUCAACACAGCGAGACGCAAUGUUUACGAAGGUGCAUAUUAGCCUUUUGGAAAUGCAUUUUAAUGAGAUGUCAUGUCUCUGAAACAUAGAAGCACUGAUUUAACAUUAGUGCCAGCUGCUGCAGAUCUCUAUAUUGAUAUCAGAUUGAUAAAUGCGUAUUUUGCUUUCUCAAUCCUGUUUGGCUUCAUCCGUCCAAGUUAUGCUGCGUAAGUCAGCCUACUGAAUAUUCUUGGUUUGGUUGCUCAAAUGUGACAUACUUGAUCCUUAAUAGUUCGCUAAUGUACGGCAGCAAGGGAAUGGAAUGCAGGA